GCAGGAGCAGGCAGCCUUGGAUCAAGUGAAGGCAGCCCUGGAUAAAUCGAAGGCAGCCUUGGAUGAAUCGAAGGCAGCCUUGGAUGAAUCGAAGGCAGCAAGCGAGAGGGUCAUGGCUGCACAGGAGAGGUUCCGUGCAGCAUGGGACAGAGCCCAUGCGGGUCAAAAAAGGGUCAUGUUGACCUACAGGCGCGGUCUGGUUGCGAUGGGGCCGGCCGGGGUGGCAUACCUGCGUUUGCCUCGGCGGCAGCAGGGGUGGGCCAGGUGGCGGGGAUUGAGGCGGCAAGGCACCUUGCGCGCGCAUGGCCGGUCCCUGCCCUGCCCUGCCUUGAUGCGGGUCUCCCCGAACCUCCCGCUCGGGCCCAACCCGCUAGCGGGUCCAGACCUGUUGAGGCGAACGCACCUUCUGGGUGGCUUUGCCCCCCUAGUGGCGAAGACAUGGGUACAGAAGGAGUACGUCCGAAGGAUGGUGAGGGGGCUGCUGGAGGUGCAGGAGGACAUGGAGGAGGCAGUCGUGGCGAAUGCGGCGGGCAGGAGCGACUGGAAGACGGCGACUGCGCAGUGCGCGUUGGCGAAGGCGACUAGGCUGCGGGCGGACGGGGCGCUGGCUGAGGCGGUGUUUGCGGGUUUGGGACUGGGGGAGGAGGUGCGGCAGCUGCUGGAUGAGGUGGCUGCUGAGCUGGAGAUGCUGCAGGGGGGGCAGCAGCAGCGGCAGUA